UAAGCUCCAGUUAGUUAUUGUACAAGUACGUUUAAGCAUAGCGGUAUAAUUUUAUUCAUUUAUUUAAGAUGGAGAAGCUUAUAUUCUAUAUUUGCACUUAUGCGGUAAUUUCCUUUACUGUUGACGCAAAAUUGGGAUCCUCCACCGAACAUUACAAUACUUGCUUAACUGAAAAUAAUGUCUCUGAUGAUGACAUGCUUACCGAACAAGAUGUAAUACAUGACCGACACAAAGAAUCCGAAAAUCAAGAGAAAAUAAAAAAGAAUGGUUGCGUCCUACAAUGUAUAUUAGAAAAAUUUGGAAUGAUGGAAGGAUCGGAAUAUGACAUAGAAAAAAUGCGUAGCGAGACAAUAAAAGGAGAUAUUGAUGAAUCAACAAAAUUAAAAUUGCUUGAAGGUCUGAAUAACUGCAUAAAUGAAACAAAGGAUCUUACAGAAAAAUGCGAAAAAAGCUUCGAUCUUGUAGUAUGUGGCCUAAAAUCUAAAAAGAAAGUUUAUGCUUCUCGUUCUGAAAACCAAGAAGAACAUGAACAUAAAUCCGAAAAAUAAUAUCUAAAUGUAAUUAAAACAGUUGAUAUACAAUUCCUUUUCUGAAAAAGAUAUGUAAGAGAUUAGCCCAUAAGACAAAGCCCAUAAGACAAAUUGCACAAACUAAUUGAUAAUCAAUUAUAUUAAGUUGAAUAAUGUGGAUUUUAAGAAAUUUAUCUCUCCUAUAUUACGGUGUUAAUUGCUAUUCUGACGUCCGUUGUUUGCGAAAGAGCCGUUAAUUUCAUUAAUUUCCUUUUCAUUGAAAUUACGAAUAUUGUUUCGUUAUCUUUAAUUAAUGGUGCCAUUGAAAUUAUGGUACAGUUUGCAUUACAGCAUUAGUUUUUUCUUUCCAAUUAGAAGUGUACGCUUGCUUUUGAACUAAUAACUGAAUAGGUCGUUAUCAUAAUUGUAUUUAACUACUGCUUUGUUGUAAUAAAUAAUUUAUCUGAUUA